GUUUGUAACUCUUGAGAAUUACGUUAAGCGACUUUUUUCUUUUCUUUUGUGGUUUUUUUUUCCUUUCUAUCGUGGUGGAGUCGGCGAUGUGUGAAGCAAUCAGAGAGGAGAGUGAUUUAGGGUCUGUGAUUGGACUCUGUUUCUCUAGUCAUGUUUGAUUGGGACGACGAAGAGCUUACUAAUAUGAUAUGGGGUGAUGACGGAGAGACAGGCGACCAUAUUGUGCCAUUUAAAGUAAGAAGUGAACAGCUUAACAAAAAGGAACAUGGUGAAGAAUCUAAGGCAGUUAAGCCAGCUGAGCAGAAGACAACUGGGACUAAAACUGACCUUCAUGAUAGUAAGCUGGGGAGCAGUUCAGGGCAAAAUGCUAGAGAAGCUGAUCCAGGACUAGGUUCGAGUGAGACUGAACUUUCCAAAUGCUUAACUAAGCCAGCUGGAUAUGAUCCAACGAGAGGUGGUGUGUUUCUUAAAACAGUGAUGUUUUGCUUGGGUACGUUUCUUUCAAAUCUAAUCAUGUUAAAGUUGUGUGUGUGUGUGUGUGUGCUCGCCCUGUUUUUACCAGAGAAAACGUCUGAACUUGGGAAAGGCCCUGAUAUUUUUCAUAGCACUGAUGAGAGUAAAGAGCAGCAAGGUGAUUUUGAUGAGUUCGGAUGGGCUAACAUUGGUAGCUUUGAUGAUCUUGAUCGAAUGUUCAGUAGUGAUGUCCCUAUAUUUGGUGAUGGCAGUCUCAAUGGUGCAGAUGAGUUAUGGUCUUCUUCUAAAGAUGUAUCCAAUAGUCCAUCUAAACCGUUAGCAUCCAUUUUGGAAUCUCAAGUGGAUAUUAGAACUGAGUUUGAGCAACAAGAGAAUCAGUUAUUUCCAUUGACUGGAAAGGUCAAUACUCCCUCAUCCCAAAGUGUGCCUCGUGUACGUGUAACCCCUAAAUCUGAGCAAUAUCAUGAACAUAAGAGUCAAUCCUCAGGUUCCGACCAGCCAUAUCAACAAAACAAAAUGAUGAAGUUUUCGGAAAUGUUGGGGACUUGUGAGGCAGGAUCAUUUCAAGAUCCAUACGGUCAGAGGACUCUGUCCAGGAGAAAAUUUGUAAACCAUUUGGCACCGUCACGAUCAUCUUUGAUGGGUGUUAAUCUGCAGAGUGAGACUCAAGGGUCUGGGACAUCAUACCAUCCCCAUAUGCCAAACCAAUACAUGGCUACUUCUGGUUUUGGUAAUCCAUAUUCUGCUGUGCCUGUAGUUUCAGCCUUCCAACGUCCUGAUGUCAACAAGAAUCAGCUGAUGCAUCCUUCCUACAACCCUGCUACUGCUAUCUCUGUAAACAUGGUAACAGAUGCUGCCUCCGCACGACCUUCAACAAUGACGCCACAGGAAAAGCUAGAAAAACUUAGGCGCAGGCAGCAAAUGCAGGCAAUGCUUGCUAUUCAGAGACAACAGCAGCAAUUUCGUCAUCAGGUUCCUGUAGCAGAUCAGUCCAUUACUCAGAACUGUUGUCAAGACAAUCCACUCCAGCUUGUUGACAAAACUAAUCUUCAAGGGCUAACUGCAAUACCUUCUUUUGAUCCUAGUUCAUCUCUGGAACUAGAUGAUCCUGCCAACUUUGCUGCUGCUGUUGAUAAUCCAUCAGAAUUCUUUGUUCUUUAUCGGCUUCAAGAUGUUGUAGCAAAGUUAGAUAUGGGAACAAGGACUUGUAUAAGGGAUAGCUUAUUCCGGUUGGCUGAUAGCGCAGGUCAGAGGCAUCACGCUGGUGAUACAUCCCACAGUAAUAAGACUAGCCAGGAUGACAAUGAGGUUGUUCCUAAAGAAAAAUCCAGAUAUAGAUAUGCAGGGAUGCUAGACACAGAAACAGUGACCAAUCCCACAGACAGAACUGUGGCUCAUUUACUCUUUCAUAGGCCUUUUGAUAUGUCUGCGGCAAAGCAUACGGAAGGACUAGAAUCACCAUCUUCUUCAAAGAUGGGAGCUGAAGUAAAAGGGAGUUUCCCUAGCACAAGAGAUAGUCGCAUGAAUAAGCAGAAAGCAAAAGAGGAAGACAUACCUGCAGGUUCAGUUGCUUUAGGGUAUGCAUCUAACUCAGGAUCCAGUAGCACUGUUGGUGAGAGGGUUGCUGAAGCAUCCCAAGGAAACAAAAGAAAGUUGUGAAGUAUAGAAGGCUUAGGUUGCGGUGUUAGAGAGGAGCUUGAGGAAAUCUGCAGAGUUGGCAACAUCUCUCUCUGCAUUGCUAGAAACAAUCUCCUCUUUACUCCUUUCAUGUGAAGCUCUUAUUCUUGUAAUUAGUUGUUUUGUUUUGUGACUUGUUGAACACCCCCUUCUUAUUACAUUACCUCCAUGAGAACUACAUUUUGGAAUACUCCUGUUGUUUGCUUCUACAUUUCUCUCCUUAAAAACCAGAUUUGAUCACGUA